AUGGAGGAGCGAGGGGCCGCCGCCGCCGCCGCCGCCUUCCGCCCGCUGCCGCCCCCGGCCUCCUCGUCGUCCCCGGCGGCCCGAGGCGGCCCCGCCCCGGCCCUCGGCCCCCCGGCCCCCUCCUCCGGCCCCGAGCCGCUCAGCCUGCCCGGCAUCCUGCACUUCAUCCAGCACGAGUGGGCCCGCUUCGAGGCCGAGAAGGCCCGCUGGGAGGCCGAGCGCGCCGAGCUGCAGGCGCAGGUGGCCUUCCUGCAGGGAGAGCGGAAGGGGCAGGAGAACCUCAAGACAGACUUGGUGCGACGGAUCAAGAUGCUGGAGUUUGCACUGAAGCAGGAGAGGACCAAGUAUCACAAGCUGAAGUUUGGGACAGAGCCCCAGCAGGGAGAGAAGAAGGCGGCGGCGGACCCGGCGGAGCAAGGUGCCCUCUUAGGCCCCUCGGACGCUCCGGACGGCAGCCAGCUGGCGUGGAAGGAGGGAAGGCAACUCCUCCGUCAGUACCUGGAGGAGGUGGGCUACACGGACACCAUCCUGGACAUGCGGUCCCGGCGCGUCCGGGCCCUGCUGGGCCGCGGGGCUGGGGAGCUGAAUGGGGCCGGCCUGACGUCCAGUGACGGCCCCUCGUCGGGGGGAGAGUCCCUGCUGGUCAGGCAGAUCGAAGAGCAGAUCCAGAGGAACGCCGGUCAGGAGGCCACGGCGCAGCCGGGCGGCGCGGGGCUGGAGAAGGUCCCGUUCCUGCAGAACUGCGAGGACGAGGACAGCGACGAGGACGAGGACCCCGAUGGUCCGCCCCCAGAGCCCCAGCGCCAGCACAAGAAGCAACGUGUCAAGCUCGUGCCUAAGCCCCUGGCGCCUGAGCUGGAGGACGAGGAUGAGGACGAAGACUCAGAAGAUGCCAUCAAUGAGUUUGACUUCCUGGGCUCCGGGGAUGAGGCAGACAGCUCGGGGGAUGCCCGGCACGCGGGGGAUGGGGAUGAGCUAGAGAGUCGUCGGGUCAAGCUACAGGGGAUGUUGGCGGAGCUGCGGGACGUGGACGGGCUGCCCCCUCCGGCCCACGGGGCACCCCCCGGCACCCCCCAGCCCCGGGCGCAUGACGGCUCCCUGGGCUUUUCUUCCGACGUCUUCAUCUUGGACACGAUUGGGGGAGGGGAAGUGAGUCUCGGGGACCUCGCGGACCUCACCGUCACCAACGACAACGACCUCAGCUGUGACUUGUCAGACAGCAGAGACGCCCUGAAAAAGACGUGGAACCCCAAGUUCACGCUGCGCUCUCACUACGACGGUGUCCGGGCCCUGGCCUUCCACCACCGCGAGGCAGCCUUGUUAACUGCUUCUGAAGAUGGCACCCUGAAGCUCUGGAACCUGCAGAAGACGGGGGCCGCCAAGAAAAACGCUGCUCUGGACGUGGAACCAAUUCACGCCUUCCGUGCACACAGAGGUCCGGUGCUGGCGUUGGCCGUGGGCAGCAACAGCGAGUCCUGCUACAGCGCCGGGGCGGACGCCCACAUCCGCUGCUGGCGAAUCCCCGACCUGAACAUGGAUCCCUACGAUGGCUACGAGCCCGGGGUGCUGAGCCGGGUCCUGGAGGGCCACGGGGAUGCCGUAUGGGGCCUGGCCUUCAGCCCCACCACCCACCGCCUCGUCUCCUGCUCGGCCGACGGCACCGUCCGCGUUUGGGACCCCAGCGGCAGCCCCGCCUGCCUGUGCACCUUCAACACCACCAGGGAAAACGGGACCCCCACCUCAGUGGCCUUCGCCAGCACUGAGCCGGCCCAUGCCGUGGCCACGUUCGGCUCAGGCGACACAGUUCUGUACGACCUCGAGACUGCCCGUGCCAUCCUCACCAUGGAGUCCCGGGGGGCCAGCGGCCCAACUCACAUCAACCAUGUGGUGAGCCACCCGAGCCAGGCUGUCACCAUCACCGCCCACGAUGACCGGGGCAUCCGCUUCCUGGACAACCGGACAGGGCAGUGCAUCCACUCCAUGGUCGCCCAUCUGGAUGCCGUCACCUGCCUUGCCGCUGAUCCUAAUGGCGUCUUCCUCAUGUCAGGCAGCCACGACUGCUCGCUGCGGCUGUGGAGCCUGCAGAAGCGCACGUGUGUGCAGGAGAUCACGGCCCACCGCAAGAAGCACGAGGAGGCCAUCCACGCCGUGGCCUGCCACCCCGGCAAGGCCCUCAUCGCCAGCGCCGGGGCCGACGCCUUGGCCAAGGUCUUCGUAUGACACCCCCGCGCCGCUCCCCCCAACCCCCCUUGCAGGUCAGUGGCUCAGGCGGAGUCUGGGGCGGACACCGAAGCUUCCCCCCCCGCCCCCGGCCCCUCGACUCCGCUGGCGUUUGCCGCCGGGGGGUCUCCACGGUCUCCACGCAGGGAGCGGUUGGGCCGUGCCGGCGUCCACGGGGACCGGCUCAGCCCCGUUCCCGGGCCUCUGGGGGGCUGGGGUGGGGCCGGGGCAGCUCAGGAAUCCCCCCACCCCUUUCCCCAGUCGGCCGCCUUUCAUCCCUCCCUGCCCUCGCCGGCGGCCCGGGCAGAGGGGGUGUCGAUGGCGUUGUGUGAGCUGCUGCUUUUUACGGGCCCCGGAGCGAACUAGAGGGAGGGGGCUUCCGCCGCAGCCGCGAUUUUUUUUUCCAUGACGUGAGGAGGCCUGGGCUGGGUCCCACCGCCCCCACCCCCCUCCCCUCCCCCUUCCGUCCCAGCCGGGUCUCACGGCCCCUCCCCCAGCCGUGGGGGCGGGCACACAGGAGAAAGGGGGCUGUCCUGUGGUGCUUCCCCCUCGCCCCGCCCCACCCCCAGUCCCCAGCCCCACACACCUGCAGCAAUAACUCUGGGGCAGGGGGCGCCCAGUUACACUACCAGGGUGUUACCAGGCAUCGGGGGGGAGGCAGGGAGUAGGAUAGCCGCUCCUCCCCUCGCCCCCACCUCCCCGGGUCCUGGUGCUCCCCCAGACCCCCACUCCUCCAACCUAGGCCCUGUAGGCCACAACAGCACUAACUGCCCGACGGGAGGGGCUACCCCCGGCCACUCCCGCCUCCAUCGUCAUCCCGCCCCUAGCCAGCCUUUCUGGCCACCUCCCCCCCGCCCCCCACCCCUCCCCCUAGCCUCUGACACUACGGGGCCCGUAGGGGCCUGCUGGUCCAGCCCAGGCUCCAGCCCCACACCUGAGUGUGGGGGCGGAGGGAGGGGGUCCCUCGAUCCUCAAACCCCUCCUUCCCCCUGUACAUUGUGUAUAAAUAACUGGGAUUUUAAAUGGAGGCGGGCCUGGUCGGCCUGCCGCUGGGGGGUCCCCCUCCCCCUCCUCCCCGUUAUCACUGUGUGAUAGUUGCCGUCCGGCCCCGGCCCGUCCUCCCGUCCGGCCCGUCCCCGUCCCCCCCGCCGUCCUAUCCUCCCCGUCCACCAUCGCGCCUCGUGGAUAUUUAUUUGACUUUCACUUCACCUGUUUCUAUACCCCCGACUGGGCUGUCUGUGAAAACUGUCUCAAUAAAAAACCUUUGGAAUAAAAC